AUGGGCUUCUCCAUCGACAGGUCUGGCCACUGGCUGCUGCGGAGCCUGGUCGCCGGCACCUACGAUGGCGAGAGUGACGCACUCGCAUACGCACGCCGCCACUCUCAGCGCCUCCGCUUCCUCGUCGUUGACGCGACGCCGCUCGUCUACUCGAUUGUCUCGCGCACCUGCGCUGAAGCAGGUGUCGCUGAAGCAGGCGUCGCUGAAGCAGGCGUCGCUGAAGCAAGCCUCGCCAACCUCGACGAGCUCGUCCGCGCCUGCAUCGCCGCAGUCGUAGAAGAGAUCUGGCGUGUCGCCGCUCUCCUCGACGGCGACGACAAACGAGUCAUCUUCUGCUGGGACGGCGCGUAUGUGGCACAGACGAAGCUCGACACGAUCACGCGAGAUCGCAUGCGAGAUCGCAUCAUCCAUGCCGAGUCGUACAGGCGCGAGGCGAGCCACAGACGCCCACGCAUCGAAGAGCUGCGUCGUCACGCUGCGGCUGCUGUGAUGCAACGGCUUGUCAAUCGCCUGUACAGCAGCGGUGGCCUCGACGAGCUCUUUGUGCAGCAUCUGCUGCAACACGCACUCUGUGAGGAGGAGAUGCUGGAGAACGCACUGGCGAUUGACGAGCGCACAAAGACUGUGCUACACAUUGUCGCCCGUGACGAGGCAGACUGCCUCAUCGGCCGCCUCUGUCCUCGGCUGCAAGGCAGCGGAGAGUCGGCGGUGCUCUCGCCCGACGCCGACCUUCUGGUACACUCGCUCGCCGCGCCGCAGCUGUCGUACCGCUGGGUUGUCCAGCCGCUGCCAGUCACCCGCAAGCAGAGGCGGCAGCGCAGUGCGCUGCCGCCUCCGGCGUUCCAUCGGCAGCACCUCUACGACCAACAGCGACUGCUUGCCAUAGCCCCUCUCGUCUUGGCAUCCGUCGCUCUCGGCACAACGGACUACGGCAACGGUCUGCCAGGUGUCGGCGCCCGCGCCCUGCUGGGCAAAGACGACUGGCUGCCGGGCCUCGCAGCGGCCGUGAAGCCUGGCCUCGUGUCCCGCGCCUGGGCCGACAUGGCCGCAAGCGCAGAGAGCGUGCAGGCUCAGACCCAUCGACUGAUCCAGCGUGUGGCCGCUCUUGACUCCAAAAAGAAGCACAGCGCCAUCGACGUCGCGCGCGUCUGCAGCAUCGCCAACGUCUAUAUCCUCAGCACGCACGCCGCCACCGAGACGGUGCCGCGCCCAUCGUUCUCCGAAGGCCCCGGCCAUGGCUGGCGCAACACGCUCGGCUUCUUCGCCAACAAGCGCUUCAUGCGCUGCACGCCCAAGAACGGCGCGGCAGAGCGCACGCCAUUUGUUCCGACGCUGGACGCUUUGCCGCGCUUGCGCAAGCAGCUCGGCGGCCGCCAGACCGCAGUCGGGCGCACCUACCUCGUGCCCGUCGAGGAUGCGGCAGCGAUGCCGAUCGGCGCACCCAGGGAGGGGCCCAAUUGGGACCUCCUGCCAAGGAAGAAGCCACGCUCUGUCAAGCCCGCGCGGCAUCGUCCGUCACAGAGCAAGAGAGCUGCGCAGAGGGCAGCAAGGCAAGACGAGGAGCCGCUCGUGGUCAGGAAGAAGACGGUCUCUAUGCCCGGCGCAGCAGCGAAGGAGAAGCUGGUCGGCAUCUUCGGCAUCGCUACUGUGCGCUCUACAUCUGCGGAUCUCGACUCGACGUAUGUCGGCAUGGCUUCGACGGUGGUCGUCGCCGGGCAGUACCUGUCCGUGGCUGUUCAGUUGACUCUGCGCGAGCUGCUUCUGCUCGAGCCGACGUUCCUGGCGUGCGAGGACAUCGAUCUUGAUGCGCGCCUGAGGACUCUGUGCCAGGUCUGCCGCAGCGCGUCCCCUCUCUGGACUCGGCGGCCGGACAGCGCAGCGCUCUCCGCAGAGCUGUCGGCACUCUCCGCAGAGGAGCGUGGACUCAUGCGCCUCAAGGGCGUCACUAUUCCCAUGCUGCUGGCACGCCGGGCAACAGCCGACAGGAUGAGUCUUCCGCCUGCCGCUCUCGCCGACGAACACUGCAUCUCCAGCACCGCACACAGCAUUUUGUCGCUGCGGGCGCGCCAGUUGAAGAAGUGGUGCGGCCUUGCAGAUCGCUUGCGCUCACUGCUCGCCAAGGCGCUGCGCACGGCCUAUGGCGACAAGCACGAGGCCAUGCUCCGCGCUGCGCUCGACACGCCUCUAGACGAGUCACCUGUCUGCUCGGCGGACGUCAUGGAGCUGCUCACCGUACGCAACAAGCACAUGCACGCCGCUCGACUGCAGCUGCCAGAGCCCGAUCGCCUCUGGUCCAGCACGCCGCGCCAGAUGCUCGAGACGCUGCGCGGGGCUGCUGCGGUGCACAUGUUCCGUGCAUGGAUAGAGCGCCUGUCGGGCACCAGUGUGCUCGACGGCACAAACUUCUGCCCGGACUUUGUCUCAAUCCACACACGUGGCGGGCUGACGCCUUUUGUGCGCGAGGCGAGUGCACGGCUUGGCGCUCUCGCUGCGCUUGCAAACCGCAGCCAUCCGGCGCCGGCGCCCUUUGAGCACGAAGCGCUCGUGCGCUGCGGGCUCUUCUUUGACAGACAGCAGUGGGCACCACGCCCGCACGUGGCCGCCGAGCACAAGUCUUUGCUUGCUCGCCUCAAGCGUGCCCUUGGCCUCAGCACCACCACCUCGCGCGUGUACGAGCUGGAGGCGAGGGCAGGCCGGCACUGGGUGCGGGCGUUCGAGAGCAUCCUGGGGGUGCCCUGGCGCAGUCUGGGCUUCCGGAAGCCGGCCUGGCUGCCUACUGGGCACGUCGAGAGCAACGGCACGCAGAUGCGCUGGAGCUACGUCAAUCUGGCACGCCCAAAGCGCCGCCACAUGGCCACGGCCGGCGUUGCCCAGUCCCGUCCGCUCUACGAGGACCAGCUCGACUCCGCGUGGGGCAGGCGUCUCCAGGCAGCUCCGAUCGCCACUCUGCCUCUGGCGUCCAACCAGCGCUUCGAGCCAGCGAGGGCCAGUCGAACAAGCGCUUCGAGUGGCGGCAUCGGCGGAACGACACCGGACAAGGAGAUUCGAGAGCGGCUUGCAGCAGGGCCAGGCGCUGUGCAUCACGUGGGCGUCGACCCCGGCCUCAACAACGUCCUCGUUCUCUCACGCCGCCGACCGCUGCGGCCAGGCACGGUCAUUGCCUUUCCCGAGCCGCCUUCACCAAAGCUGGCGCUGCUGCAGCCGCUCUCCGCUGCCGAGCGCCGCCAUCUUGGCAUUCGACCCUCCGAGCCGCCUUGCUACCGCGCCACCGCCGCCGCUUGCAAGCUGUAUGAGCUCUCGGAGAGCCUCACACUCAAGCCGGGCUCGCUGCGCAGUGACAAGCCUCUCAAGGCAGCGUCAGAGCCUCAUCACCCUGGUGAUGACGUGCAGCGGGCGCUGGCAAAGAUGCUCACGCCCGUGCCCACGGCCAUGGAGCGCGAGCGCCGCAUCCUCCGGCACGCACGGCAGCAGCGCCGCGCCCAAGACGAGCUGCUCGAGUGGCUUGUGCCCGGCAGCAGGCCCGGCUUCCUCGCUCAGCACCUGCAGCAGUGGCAGCAGGGCGACAGCCCGGCCCUUGUCAUUGCGCAUGUUGGAGACUGGGUGGGCCACAAGGCCUCCAAGCCAGCCCUUGCCGCCCCAGUGCUGCGAGGUGUCAUGCAGCGCGCAGCGCUAGCAUCGCCAUCGCUGCCCAUCCUGUUCCGCAAGCAAGACGAGUAUCUGACGUCUUCUGUCUGCCCGGAGCGCUGCGAGGAUGACGAGGGAAGUGCGGCCGCCGCAGCCGCCACGGCCGCCCAGACGAACAAGAAGGGCACGCCCAACGUCGUCGUCGGCACGGCUCCCGAGCACGCUCGCUCACCCGUGCCUGCUGCCCGCCUGACAAGCGUGUAUCGCAGCGCCACAUCACGCCCAGUCCACGGCGUCAAGCGCUGCACCACAUGCCGCCACCUCUUCUCGAGGGAUCGAGCGGGGGCGGCAAACAUACGCUUUGCCGGCAUGCACGAGCUCGCCUUCGGCUAUGGACCCUUCCGGCCCCGCCCCAAGAAGGCCGUCGGAGCCGCAGCCGGCACAGCGCCCGCGUCCUGA